CCCGCGGCGACCGCUCCCCUUCUCGGUAGUGGAGACGGACAAUCUGGAGCGCGCGUGCACAGUGCGCGCUGCAACACCACGACCACACCACUUUUCGCUCCCUGCGGUGGGUUUUAUGGGGCGGAUUCGCUGGGCGCGGCCCUCGGCGCCGCUUCUGGUCGAACGACGUGUGGGGAGCCCGCACCAGCUGCUCCUCGUGCCCCCAAUUCCCCUCGAGCACCCCCCCCCUCCCGCGCCUCCCCAGCAAUUUUCCCCGUACGAACGAGACGGGCGAGCGACAUGGAGAAGACACGACGAGCCGGGGCCGGUCGGUCGCAGGCAGCCGGGCCGCGCGGGCGUCUGUUGUUUCCUCUGCGCUCUCGCAAAGCAAAUUUCGGCAGCUCGCCGGGCCGGGAACAAACAGUUCGGUGGCUCUGACGUAAAGCGGCUCUUCCGCUCACCGUCCAAGGACAGGCAGGCAGAGGUGAAGCCAAGCUGCAGCAGGAUUCCUGCGCGUUCGUGUUUGUCUCGUCGCCGGACGAGGGCCCGAGCGCCCCGCUCAGCUAAGCUAGGCGGGCGGUCGUCGUCGGUGGCGCUGUCCAACGCUCGUCAUCGAUGGGGGUCGGUCCUGAAAAAGUCUGAGCGCCGCCGACACAGACGUGUUGCAAGCCUUGCUUGUCGGCCAAUGGUUUCCGCGCGCGCGUUGUCGUGUUGUUUGUUGUUUAUGCUCGACUCGACACCGCCGUCGUCGUCGCGGCGCGCUCCUUUUCCCCUUCCUUCCCCCCAUCCCCCAAUCCGUCUUCUACCUAGCAGCGCAGCCCGCUUCCCCAAAAAGUCGCGCAGGUGGAGUGCCAGCUUGACACGCGGAUUGACACGCGCAGAUCGCGCGAGUCGCUUGCGGCGGGAUGGUCUCCCCAUGAGGGAGGCGGUCGAACCCAAACACGGGAUUUGGUCGCAGCGGAUGCCGCGUAGCCGGGGCGCGUGCUCCCUCCUCGCUCCUCACGCUCCUCCUCCACAACCCGCAUGCUGGCGCUGCUGCGGCUGCGACAGUCCCCCGUGGAGCGCCCGCCCGCUCGGCAUAUUGGGACGCCCGAACCCGCUAUACCGCGAUCGGCCUGCUCUGCUGAUUGCGAGGUGCGCGCGUGCCCAGUUUCAUCCGAUCCGAAACGCUGGAGUCGCGAGAUCUCUGGCUGCGCGAUCGUCGUCGUUUUGUUUUUUUUGGGCAGCAACAGUAGCAGCAGCAGCAGCCGGGUUCAUGCAAACAGGUGAUCUUGGACGACCUCGACCCCCUCGAUCCUUGAUCUCGACCUGGGCGCGUUCACGGCCCUCCCUCCCAACAACGAGGCGUCCCCUUGUCCACCGCCGUCCCAAGGCCCUUCGACGCCGCUUCCAGAAUCCUUCCAUGCAGGGAAAAACAGGCAUCCACGCACCCACUCCCAACCCACACCGAGCCCCUAUUCCAGUGCGGCGGUGGCGAAAGCACGGCGGGGACGGCGGGGAUGGCGGCAGCCAGCUGGCUGGCUGCUUGGCUAGAUGGAUGCGGCCGGAGACAGCGCUCCGAUCUGUGCGUGCGAGCGAGCGCGCAGAACAAGUGGGCACCAACCGGUCACCCGCAUGGGCGCUGCGGCCCCCGACUCGCGACGAGGGUUCUGCCGCCUCAUACAAUCAAUAGUCAUCAGCCUCGCCGCCUGCCAGUGCCCGCACAGGCACCAAGCGGCAAGCCUCACUUUUGCGUUGCGCGACGCCAGCAUUGCGUGGGCGCGGAGCCCGCUGAUUGGGCUC